AGUCUCAUGUGGCAAGAAGAAAUGGCAAGCGAUUGAUAAUCGACGGCUUGAAUGUUAAUGAAGUUCCUACUGAUUUUUAUUUUACGACAAUUGAUUAUAAAUAUGAGUUAAACUUUACUUUAUCAGACAGUUAACAUUUCAAAUCGCACCCUGCAAACAUCGCCGCGAUGGUUUCGAGAAACUUUUUGGUCGUUUUUGUGAUUUCUGUAGUUCUUCAUCAUGCAAUUGCAUUAAACGAAAAAGUUGAUAAAAGUGAAGUAAAAGAUGAGAAAAAAGUUGCAAAACGUGGAGUUCUUCAUUAUUCAACACAUGGCCACAUUCAUCCUGCUGUAGUGUCAGCUUCGCAUUACCAUCUACCACCAGCUAUUGCGAAAUAUCCGCUCAUCCAAAAACCAAUCUUUCCUGUUCCAGUUGCACCACCAGUGAUUGCACCUGCUGUGCAUGCAGUUCAUCCACACUAUCGUUUAGUUCCUGGAGGUGCAUCAGUCACUUCGUUUAAUGUCAAUUAUCCAAGAUAUCCAUUACUAGCUCGACCAUUAGCACCUUUCAUCCCAAAACCUGUCAUUCCAGCAGUUCAUCAUCCGGCAGCGUGUGGUGCGCACUUUCAUCCAACUUUUGUAGCACCAAAACCUGUUGUGCCAGUUGCAGUUCCAUACCCAGGAAUUCAUCGUCAUCCAAAGUAUCCCAUAGUGUUUCAAAAACCCGUCGUUGGCGGAUUCUUUCCACCUCAAUAUGUUCCAUUAGCAACACCAAAUCCAACAUUUAUUCCUGUAGCUGUUCCAGCAAAUCCACAACCAGCACUUCCACCAAUUGCUGUUAAUCCAGGUACUCAACACAACAUGAAUCCAUUUGCAGUCAAUCCAGGCACCCAACACAACAUGAAUCCAUUUGCAGUCAAUCCAGGCACCCAACACAACAUGAAUCCAUCGUCACAAUUUCCGCAAUCACAAUUUCCUAUGCCCACCCAACCGACUCUACAAAUACCUACAAUGACCUCACAUAGUUGGCGACCAAUUAUGAUGAUGAUGACACAACAUCGUCCGCAAACCACAAAACCGAUAUUCACUAAUAAACAUCCACCAUACAAUUAUCAUGCACCACGGGUGCCCUUCAAUCAUGAACAAAGAUCACCCACGAAUGGUAUAAUUUCAGGUCACGGACAAAUGUCGGGACAUCUUGCACAUCAGUUAGCACUUUAUCAGCAUCAGCAACAGCAACAUCAAAACAAUUUCCCUUACCCAGCAGCAGCUGAAACGUUCCAUCAGAAUUAUGAUCAUGCAAGUAACGAUGGACAAUAUCAUGGACUGUCGAGUUAUCAAGUGCCAAUUCAUCAUUAAUCUUAUGAGGUUCUCUUCAUUAAUUACGUGCCAAAUUAUGACUUAACAUUAUCAGAAUUUAUUUAUAUUUGUUAAAUGUGAAUCUCCGCAAGUUGAAAAUUGUUUUUGUCUUUAAGUUUUCUGUACAAAGGAGAUUAAAUGCUUUUUAAUAACAUAAAUAAAUCAUAA